CUCCGCACCCGUGGGCACCUCGCCCUCUACUCACCCGUGCCGGACCGCCGCCUCUUCACGCUGCCCGAGGCCCCUGGACCCCAGGAGAAGGAAGAGACGUCUGAAACGACCCCCGAGGAGCUGAAGGCGGAGGAUGGUAGCAGAGAGCAGCAGGAGGGCCAGGCGGAGGCUGCUCUGACGAGUGAGGAGACGGCAGAGACGCCGCGGGAGGAGGCUGCAGCCCCCAGACGGCGGGCUGCCUUCCAGUUUUUGGAGCAGAAGUAUGGCUAUUUCCACUGUAAAGACUGCAAGACCAGAUGGGAGAGUGCUUACGUGUGGUGCAUUUCUGGAAGCAACAAGGUGUACUUCAAGCAGCUCUGUCGCAAAUGCCAAAAGGGCUUCAAUCCCUAUCGAGUAGAAGCAAUCCAGUGCCAGACCUGUUCAAAGACUCGUUGUUCCUGCCCUCAGAAGAAAAGACACAUUGAUCUCAAGAGACCUCAUCGCCAAGAACUUUGUGGCCGCUGCAAAGGCAAGAGGCUGUCCUGUGAUAACACUUACAGCUUCAAAUACAUUGUCUGAUCCGUGUGCCCUCUUCUGUUUUGCACUUUGUCAAUCUCUUGCAAUGUUUUGACUUUAGGCUUUUGACCUGGCAUUGGAUAAUGGAUAAAGACUUUUGUAUUAUUUAUAAAAUAUAUAACUCCAUUGUAUAUAUGCUGUGAGUAAAGUUCAAUAAAAGUUUGCACUAGUUUGUUA